AUGGCCACAGCGCAUCAUAGAAGCCUGAGAGUGGAUGCAGCCCCGCCCACCUCAGGUCCCACUACCUCUGUCAAGACAAGUAUGAGCCUGGCCCCCCUGGAGGACCAAGGCCAGACCCCACAAAAGGACGCCUAUUGGGCCAGAGCGCCAAUUUGUUGCGCGGAGAAUGGGAAGCUUGUGAGCCAUGAUGGGUUUGACAGUGCUGUGGACGGUAACCUGGCCAGAGACACACAGACAGUAUCUACCUACAACUCGCCGCACGAUGGCAUGUGCAUGUGUGCACUGGCCAUGUGCCCCCGGCCUCCGUCAGCCUUUCAGAGAGGACAGGAGAGUGCCCGGGCCAAUGGCCAGGCUGCCGCUUCAGGUGCGACCUUCUGGCGUGGGCGUGCGGUUACCCUGGCAACGACGCGCGCCCGGCGGGCGGAGGCUGCGACGGAAGGCGGUGCGCUGCAGGGAAGGGGCGGGGCUUCCGGCGGAAGCUGGCUCGCUCUGUCCCUUGGCGCCAGGGAGGAUGCAGCGUCUGGUGUGUUGGUGGCUGUUCCUGGUGCUGUGCAGCCUCCUAGAGGACCAGGCGGAGGCCCCGAGCCCGGCGGAGCCUCCGGAGCGAAGCCGGCCAUACGCCGUGCUGCGUGGGCAGAAUCUGGUGUUGAUGGGAACCGUUUUCAGCAUCCUGCUGGUGACCGUGAUCCUCAUGGCAUUGUGUGUCUACAAGCCCAUUCGGCGUCGAUGAUGGCCGAGCAAGCAGGUUCUGCAAGCAGGUUCUUCCGAGUAUCUGGGAUAUCAAGUUGUGUUGCACAUGGGUCGGUGGAAAAGUUGGAAUCAGAACCUUACUGCUUGAAAAUAACCUUUGGUCUGGACAGUUAAUAGAUUCUAAAUGUUUUAGAGAAAAUAUCUAACAAUUAUUUUUUUCUUGACACUGUAAUGCUAAUAACUGGCCAUUGAGUCUGCUUCUCGGUUUUGCUUUUUGAGUAUCUGGCUGUAUUUGUGCUUGUGAAAAGUAAGGCCUGAAGCUCCCAGGUCAUGUGAAGAUGGGAAAACAUGGCAGUUCUGUGAGUGACCCUGGACGGGACUAAUCCUUCAUGUUUGAAGAUAUUCAUGAGAUAAAAAUCUUAAUAUGUAGACGUUGCCUACUCAAGAAAGAACCACUUGGUCACAUGGGUUAAGAAUCACAAAUGUUUUUAAUUAUACUGACCUGGCCUGGAAUGCCCUGAUUGUAGGCAGUGUCAGCAGUGGGGGACUUAGGCCGUCACUCUUCAUGUUGCAUCCAGCCUCCUUGGGCUGGGAAGCUCUGGGGUUGGGCCAGAAAUAUUACUCGUUGGCCCAUCUGAGGAAGUACCCCAUCCUGCUCAAAGUACUGCACUUGAGUCUUUCCAGCCCAUGGCCUAAAAUCUGUGGCAGCUUAUCAGAUUUGGAAUCUAAAGGAAAUAGCAAAGUCUCUUUUCAGUCCUGGGUGGGGAGGGCUCAACCAAGAGAGGUGUGUGUUCACUGUACAAGGCAAAGGUAUCAGGUGGGUGUGUGUUUACAAAUUUAAUUUCAACUUUGAAAAUGCUACUUGCACUGUUGGUGAACUGGAAUUUUUUUCUCCUGUUGAAAUGAUACUUCCAUACUUGCAAAGUGAUUAUCAGCAUUUACUUGAAAGGUGCUAGGUUUUUCUUUGUUACUAAACUGAAAUGCUUAUUUUGUGCUCCAUUCAAGCACAGCACUGAUAUUUAACAGUCCGCAAUUUAAUGUGAAAUACCUGAUGUGGGACACUAUGUAACUGUCUAAGGAUUUUGUUUCUAACCCUAACAUUGAGCCAUUGAAAUGUUCACUGUUCUGUACUUUCGAGCAAAAUGCCAAUUAAAAUUACAGUAGUAUCUUACAUGCUGUA